AUGUACGGUGGGACAUAUUGGGGCCAAUUCCAAGAAAUCUCAAAGUACAACGCCCAUUUCAAUGUGGCGGAGAGAUUGUGGGCAGCCUGGUAUGCCUGGAUGCAAAACGAUGUUCUGGCCACUGGGAUCAUGUCUUUUGUCUUGCAUGAAAGUGUCUACUUUGGUCGGUCCCUGCCCUGGGUUUUCAUAGACACUUUGGGCGUAUUCAACCGCUACAAGAUUCAGGGUAACAAGAUUCCAUCGCUCCGGGAACAGUGGAAUUGCGCGAAAUUCGUGCUCCUGAGUCACUUCACAGUUGAGCUGCCACAGAUUUGGCUCUUUCACCCUAUGGCACAAUACUGCGGACUCUCAACCUCAAUCCCCUUCCCGUCUGUCUGGACCAUGGCAUACCAAGUUGCAAUCUUCUUCGUGAUGGAGGAUACUUGGCAUUACUUCUUCCAUCGUGCGCUUCACUGGGGCCCUCUCUACAAGGCCAUUCACAAGAUUCACCACCAGUAUUCGGCUCCUUUCGGCUUAGCUGCUGAAUAUGCCUCACCUAUCGAAGUGAUGAUCCUGGGCUUCGGUACAGUUAGCUGCCCUAUCCUUUGGUGCGCUGUGACAGGUGAUUUGCACAUUCUCACAAUGUACAUAUUUAUUGUCUUGCGUUUGUUUCAGGCCAUUGAUGCUCACAGUGGCUACGAGUUCCCGUGGAGUCUUCACCAUUUUCUUCCUUUCUGGGCUGGUGCUGAUCAUCACGAUCUGCACCAUGAAAAGUUCAUCGGUAACUAUUCCAGCAGCUUUCGGUGGUGGGAUUAUGUUCUUGACACCGAAUACACCCCGGUUUCCCUGAAGCGCCAAAAAGAUAACAAGACCCUGUAG